AUUCCAAGCGCUUAGUACAGUGCUCUGCACAUAGUAAGCACUCAAUAAAUACUAUUGAAUGAAUGAAUGAACCCUCCCAUACACACAUAUUCAAAUACAGAAACAGCAAGGACAAAUAAGACUGUAGGGCUUCAGAAAUGAAUUUCUGACCCUAGAUAAAUCCAGCCUUAAUUUAGUUCGGGUUAGUCAUAGUUGUUCCCUCCAAAUUUUGAUGAUUGUGUUCAGAUUGAGGUUAGGGGCUCCAGGAAAGGGUAAAGAAGAUCAGUAAUUUCGAUUGUGUUUGAUCUGAUUAUACUGAAUCUACCUUAGUAAUCAGUUCUGUUCUUGACACAGAGUAAGUGCUUAACAAAUAAGAGACUUAUUGAAAAUUAGGCACUGAACUUUCCUGCCCUAGAAUCAAUUUUGCUGUUUCGGUGAUGGCUGCAGGUCUAUCAUUGAAAACUAGAUGGUGCCCAUGAAUUGCUUUCCUGUGGGUAAAUCUCACAAAGAAUUCAUUACUAGGUAAAUGAGUUUUUUGCAGGUGUCCUCCUUGGAAUGUAUUACGGAUGCUUUUUAAACCAUUUUAAAAGUUUUUGGUCUCCUGGGCUUCAGACCUUUUCACUGUUCAGAGGUGCAUUUAUUUUCCUAUAGAAAGAUUAAAAUGGCUUCUAGAGGAAAAACAGAAACCAGCAAACUGAAACAGAAUUUGGAAGAGCAGUUGGACAGACUGAUGCAGCAGCUUCAGGAUCUUGAGGAAUGCAGAGAGGAACUUGAUGCGGAGGAAUAUGAAGAAACCAAAAAAGAAACGCUGGAACAGCUCAAUGAGUUCAAUGAUUCACUGAAGAAAAUCAUGUCUGGUGACAUGACUCUGGUAGACGAACUAAGUGGGAUGCAGCUGGCUAUUCAAGCAGCAAUCAGCCAGGCCUUUAAAACUCCUGAAGUCAUCAGAUUAUUUGCAAAGAAACAGCCCGGCCAGCUGCGAACAAGGUUGGCAGAGAUGGACAGAGACCUGAUGGUAGGAAAACUGGAAAAAAACCUGUAUACACAACAGAAGGUGGAGAUUCUAACAGCUCUAAGAAAACUUGGAGAGAAGUUAACUCCAGAGGAUGAGGACUUCUUGUUGGCCAAUGCAGGCGCAGUCCUUAGCCAGUUUGAGCGAGUCUCUAGUGACCUUGGCUCUGGGGACAAAGUCCUUGCUCUGGCGAGUUUUGAAGUAGGAAAAACAAAAAAAUGAUGAGGAGUGUGAAUUGGGAACCCUCCCUUCUGUAGUCACAAUCAUCGGACAUUGACCGAGUCGUAGAUGACGAUUUUUUUUUUCUUCUGGGGAUUAGAAGUCAUUACACAGAAACCAAGAAGAUCCUUAGUGAGGAGUCAGUCAUUAAAGUGCACUUGUGACCUCAGUCUAACAAACCUCCCGGGAUCCCUCCAGAAGGUACAUACUGGUGGUCCUUUUAAAAAAAGAAAUUGUCCUAGAAUUUGCUUCUUCAAGAGACCAGAAAAGGAAAUGUGUGUUCCUUUUUAUGCCUGUGAGCUUCUCUGCCUCAGUUAAAGCUCCUUGUUUGCCCGUUCUGGCGAAGCAAGCCCAUUCAGGCAUAUCUAAAGAGGAGAACCACUCCUCUCUUUCUCAUGCCUCUUCCCUGCAAGGCUCAAGUCUGUGUCUGAAGUCUUCUUUCUUUAAGGAAGCUUGUACUCUACCAUUAAAAACAAAACCAGAAAAGAAA